CUGAGUCUUCAUUCACUAGUUUAGUUUAAAUCUAAAAAUGUACGCUAAGGUAUUGUUAACUUUGUUCGUACUGUACUUAAGUACAGUUCAGUGUAACGAUAUCCGCAUUGGAUAUACAAAUUUGAGAUCAAUAAAAAUCUACAGUGAAUUGAAAGAGGCUGAUCCUGCGUUAUGGAAGAGGACAGAAGAGGUUACGAUCAAAGCACCUCCUCAUGAGUUCAUAGAUUCUAUACACGUGUCAGAUUUGAGGGAGGAUAAGGAUGGAGAAGCGUACAUCACGAGUGGUGGCAUCGGUAUGCCGUAUGUGACCAUUUCUCUGAAAAGUCCCACAAUAUUGCGUGGAUACAAGUUCCAGAUCGAAGUGUACGCCAGCCCUCUUGUGUCCAAUGAGGGGUUGUUCAGCAAAGGCAGCUUUAACUACGGUGAAGCCCAGCAGGUGCAGCAGUACCCUCGUAAGUUUUAGGAGUUGAUUAAAACGUGAGACGUUGUCAUUGUGAUGAUUUUAUUUAUUCAAUAAAUUUUGUG